CAUGGCGCCUGCGCAGUGGAGAGACGACGGUUGAAUGGAUGAAUAAAUGCUCCGGGAGCGCAUGGCGCCUGCGCAGAGGAGAGACACCCCCCACCCCCACGACGCCUGCGCAGACGAGACAGCCUCGGCGCAUGCGCGGUUCUGGAGGGGGCUGGGGGGAGGGGAGGCGGUAGGCUCCAUGUCCGGGCUGCGCGCGCUGCUGGGGCUGGGGUUGGGCCUGGGGCUGCUGAGGUGCGGCGCGCGCGGGUCGGCGCGAGGGCUUCUGGGGUCUUGCCCGGCGCGGGGGAUUCUGGGGUCUUGCCCGGCGCGAGGGCUUCUGGGAUCCGGCGCGCGCCGGGGCGGGACGGGCCCCGCCGCCAUGAAGUACCUCAGCCAGCAAGAGGCGCAGGCGGUGGACCAGGACCUGUUCACCGAAUACCGGUUCAGCGUGGACCAGCUGAUGGAGCUUGCUGGACUGAGUUGUGCCACGGCCAUCGCCAAGGCCUACCCCCCUGACUCCUUCCCCAGCAGCCCCCCCACCGUCCUGGUCUUGUGUGGUCCCGGGAACAACGGGGGAGACGGCCUGGUCUGUGCACGCCACCUCAAGAUGUUUGGCUACGCGCCGACCGUGUAUUACCCCAAGAGGCCGAGCCGGCCGCUCUUCGAAGGCCUGGUGACCCAGUGUGAGAAGAUGGAGAUCCCUUUCCUGGCCGACAUCCCUGCCGAGCCCGCCCUGGUCGACCAGCUCUACAGCCUCGUGGUCGACGCCAUCUUCGGCUUCAGCUUCGCUGGGCCCGUGCGGCCACCGUUUGCCGACGUCCUGCAGGUCCUGGCCAAGGUGACGGUGCCCAUCGCCAGCAUCGACGUCCCCUCGGGCUGGGACGUUGAGAAGGGCAGCGCGGAAGGCCUGCAGCCGGACCUGCUGGUCUCCCUCACGGCCCCCAAGCUGUCCGCCCGCUUCUUCACGGGACGCUACCACUACCUGGGGGGCCGCUUCGUGCCCCCAGCCCUGGCGGAGAAGUACCAGCUGGCCCUGCCCCCGUAUCCGGGCACCGACUGUGUCCUGCGCCUGAGCUGAGGCGGGCAGUGCCCCUCCGUCUCUCCCCAACCGGUGUGGGAAUCCGGCCACCAGUGACCGUGCGCUAAUCGGUUUAAUAACAAACUCAGAUUUGGAAAUGA